AUGGGUGUGGACGACGGAGUGCACGGUCGACUGCCGUUUCAGAGUGUGCACGACGUGUUUGUAAUGUGCCGUUAUCUGGCAGGACCGCUUUCGACCGGACACUCGAUCAAAACCAACGACUGUGCAGCGUCUAUGUUAUGGACGCAUGUGCUCGCUGCCGUCAUGUCGGACGCAACAGCGAGGUUCAGUCCAUACAACUCGUUGCGUUCUUCGUUCCUAUGUCAUAGCCUUAGUACCAGCAUCUUAUUAGCUAAGCUUCUGGUCUUUUCGCUUGUAGAAGGUGAUCUGCUUGACGUUAGAAGCACUUGCUUGUGGUAA